AAAACAUCUGGUUUUGUGUUGUUGCACAGCUGUUGAUAAACAUUAAAUUUGAUUUUUUAGAGAUUUUGUCAUUUAAUUAUGUUAUUUUAUUAAAAACAGAGAAAACUUAAAGUAAAAUUAUGGCAACUAAUAAUUAUCCUGCUCCGGAAUUCUUUUCAAUUGCUCCGCCAUUGAUGGAUUUUGAGUCCGAGCUAAUAUGGUUCGAUUGGACGGAAUCGUUUAAUGUUAAAGUGGAGUAUGACAAAAGUAAUCGCAUUAGUACCAAUACAAGGGAAUUAAUGGAGUUGGCCUUUACACAACCCCUAAAUUUGCAAGAUCAAAAGUUACUGUUGAAUGAGCUGGUCAAAAAUCCUUUCUUUGUCUACCAAAUACGUCUAACGCCCGAUAAGUUACCACGUUUAGUGGAAAAUAAUCCCAUGAUCUCUUUUGAAAUUUUGGUUAAACUAAUGGAUUCUCCCGAAAUUACCGAAUAUUUUCAUGUUUUGGUUAAUAUGGAUAUAACAUUGCACUCUAUGGAAGUUGUUAACAGAUUGACCACUUCUGUUAAUUUACCCACGGAAUUCAUACAUUUAUACAUAAGCAAUUGCAUUUCAUCUUGUGAAAAUGUCAAGGACAAAUACAUGCAAUCUCGUCUGGUACGUUUGGUAUGCGUUUUCUUACAAUCUCUUAUUCGAAACAAAAUUAUUAAUGUAAAGGAAUUAUUUAUUGAAAUUGAAACAUUUUGUGUGGUUUUCAAUCGAAUUAAAGAGGCCGUAGCAUUAUAUCGUCUAUUGAAACAUUUGGAUAUGGGAGAACCUGCCCAAAAUCCAACACCCACCAGCGGCAGUAGUUCUAAUACAACCUCAUCAUCUUCAUCGAGUAGUAAAAAUGAUAAAAAUGGAACAAAUAAAUAAUGUAUGAAAUAAAUUCAAUCGUGUAUUUUGUUGAAAAGAUAAAAUUUUUAUACUAGUCCGAAUUUGUUUUCAAAUUAAAAGACUUUCUUACCAAUUUCAAGUUCAAUUUGAUCGCGUUUUAACACAAAACAUUAUUCAACUUCUUUUGAAAUCAAUUUUUAUUUAUAUCUCUAUAAAAUAAUUAUACUUUAAUGCUUGUUAAGCUUAUACAAUAAUACAAUACAAUAAAAAUAAAACGUAUUCAUUACAUUUAAUAGAUAAAA